GUUUCGCUCUUUCACACAUGUGAGGCUGCUUUCUUCGUUGAUCAGCCAGAUUCACAGCUGAUGCAGAACUCUUUGUUCCUUCUUCUCGGUCGGAGGAUGUGAUUUGGCCCCUGGUGUUGUUAUCAUCGCCAACCCAACGGCAGGGCCACGAGACAAUCUCAUAUGUCUCUCCGCCUUAUUUUCCUUGUUACUCUCAUCACCGGCAACGGCACGAGUGACUUUGUCUAUGCAUCGUGAAUCUUGCUGUCCUCAUCGUUGGCAGCAAGGUGAACCUUGCAUGUGACUCUAUCUCUGGGUGGUCAUUGUCGCUUUACCAUCAUCGCCGCCGCGCUGUUUUCGGCACCUCACAUGUCCUUUUGUCUCACUUGUUGUCCAUCAUUGCCUGCUGGCAACGAGACAGUCUCACAUGCGAUAUUGUCGUCCUGGACGAGCAUGCGCACUGAAAUCAAGGCUAUAUAAACCUCUUUUCCCCUUCGUUCUUUCAACCAACCUCUCAUCUCUCACUCACUCACCUCUCUCUCCCUCUAUCCCUCUCGCUGUGCCUGUGGAACAAGAAUUCUUGUUCUCAGGGCUCCUCUUAGCCCUCAGCCUUUUAAAGCGCCAGAUCGCGUCGACAGUCGACAUAGUCGAUAUCACAGACUCAUCCCUCUCAAUUCUCGUCUGCAACAGCAAGAAUCCCCGGGUUCCCGCGUCGUUGGUUGAUCACCAAGCUUUCACAUCUCUGACAAGACAUGUCUGGACCCAGCCGACGUCGCGGCGGCGGCCGUCCGCCCCUGGCGGAUGAGAUGCCUCCAGAAUCACCAUCUCGCCGUGGAGAUCGACUUCAUCGUCCUUCUGCUUUCGAUGGCCCUGCAUCCAGAGGACCGACCUCGGCUUCCGGGGCUUCUCGUUCUCGUGGUGGUUCCAAUCCUCCGUCGAUGGGCACAGGCCGUGGCUCUGGUCGGGGUUCCCCAGCACCGUCUCAAGUCACAUCGAGCACACAACCUCAAGCAAUGGCAGCGAUGCCGCAACAGCCCCAGAACCAGCAGCGUGGUGAUCCGGCUCGGGAUCCACCUCCCCGUCUCACUGACUCUCUGCGAAAUGUGGAUCUUCCUGCGUCCUUCUACAACAUCGACGAGUUGUAUACCCUUCCAACCCAAUUCAUGCAGCGCCCAUCCUACAAUACAACCGGCCAAGCCGUCAAAGUCAAUCUGAAUGCAUAUGCUGUACAGCAGUUUCCAAACAUCAAAAUCCAUCAAUACGAUGUGAUCAUCGGAUCUGGCAACGAAAAGCGUCCAGUUCAACGCAAGGUCUGGAACUCCAAAGUUCGGAAAGAAGCAACGGGCCCCCCGAUGCUCUACGAUGGUCACCGCCUGGCAUGGUCCUCUAAGGAUCACAAUGAGCUUCGUCUAUUGGUCGAUCUCGAUGUCGAAGAAGGUCGCCCAUCUCGAGAUGGCAGGAAUUCCUUCCGUCUUCACAUCAAGAAGACACGUGAACUGGAUGUGUCCAUUAUCCAGUCUUACCUCGACGGACGAGUUCAAAUGAGUGUUCAUGUCCUUGAGGCACUCAACUUUAUGGACCAUCUUCUCCGAGAGGGUCCAUCCCACAAUGACAAACUUCUAGCCGUCAAGCGCUCAUUCUUCAAGCGCGACUCACAACGUUUGGAUCUUACUGGAGCCGUUGAAGCCUGGCGGGGCGUGUACCAAUCAAUGCGUCUUGCCGAGGGAAAGAAGAUGGUGCUUAACCUCGACGUCGCAAAUGCGUGCUUUUACAGACCCAUCGAACUUACGACGGCAAUCCGCACGAAGAACGGUCUGCGCGACCAAUCACACAUUGAGCACCUUUGCACUCCCAAGCGAAAGGGUGGAUCUCUUGAGCCAAGUUAUGAACAUUCAGUUUUUCAACAACAAUUCAAGGGUGUUGUUGUCAAGGCAGUCUACCCUGGCAAUCCACUCCCGGAAAAGGAGUGGAAAAUUCAUGCAUUUAGCAUCAAUAAUGCCCUUGAGGAGAAACUCGACUGGAAGGAUCCCCAAACUCGUCAACCAACUGGAGAGCGAGUCACUGUCGCUGUGUACUUCAAGCGAAAGUACAAUGCCGCCUUGAAGUACCCACGACUCCCGCUUGUGGAGAUGACGAAGAAAAACGUCAAAUAUCCUAUGGAGCUACUCCAUUUGAUUCCUGGUAAUAGGUACAAUCCCAAACUCGAUGAAGUUCAAACUGCGAACAUGAUCAAAUUUGCUGUCUCUCCACCCUCUGCGCGCCUGCAAGCUAUCAAAGAGGGUCAAGGGUGGCUGAACUGGGCUCAGGAUCCCUAUCUCGCGCACUAUGGGCUGAAGAUCAAUCCUUCUCCCAUUGCGAGCAAUGCUCGCAUUCUUCCAGCCCCCACCAUCCGCUUCGGCGAUAACAAGAUCGAGCGCCCAGGGACUCGUGGCCGCUGGGACCUCAAACAGAAGACCUUCCUCCUCCCCAACACCAAGGAGCUGUACAGUUGGGGUAUAGGGGUUUUCCCUGGUCGCGCCCGGCCUGAUCAGGCAACAAUUGAGAAAUUUGCUCUCGAAUUUGCUCGUGCCUACCGCGGUCAUGGCGGAGUCGUGGCGAAACACCCCCCACACAUCAUGCUAGUGAAUUCUGAUGCUGCACAAGCGGUCCAAGAAUUGCAUACCGCAACUGGAAAUCGCUUCCAAUCUACGCCUCAGCUUCUCAUCUUCCUGGUGCAAGACAAGAACGCUUUUCACUAUCUACGAAUCAAGAAGUCUUGUGACUGUCGCUUUGGCAUUGUGUCACAAGUCAUGCAGCUGGCCCAAGUCGUCAAAGGCAACCCGCAGUACUAUUCAAAUGUCUUGAUGAAAGUCAAUGCUAAGCUGGGUGGGACCACUUCCCAAGCAGUGCCGCAUCCAAGCAGCGGUUUCAAGUCCCUUCCUGCAUAUACCAUGGUCAUUGGCGCCGAUGUGUCCCAUGCGUCACCUGCCAGUCCCCAGGCAUCGAUGGCCGCUAUCACGGUGUCUUGGGACCAAUUUGGAGGUCGAUAUGCAGCAGCAUGUCAGAGCAAUGGCCGUCGUGUCGAAAUGAUCUCUAACGAGAAUUGGCAGAGUUGUUUUGCGCCUUUGGUCCUUAAAUGGAAGGAGGUGGUCGGUCGUGGUCGCCUCCCAGAACAAGUCUACUAUAUGCGUGACGGUGUCUCUGAGGGCCAGUACCUUCAUGUCAUGAACGAAGAAGUCCCUGCCAUCAAGCGGGUUUUGGGUAAUCUUGGCGGCGGCGGCGGAACGUGGAACGGGAAGCUGACUGUCAUCAUUGCUUCCAAACGACACCACAUCCGAUCUUUCCCACAGUCCGGAGGCGAUCAGAAGGGGAACCCACUUCCUGGAACUUUGAUCGAGCGGGAUGUCACUAUGCCAAAUGAGUUCGACUUUUAUCUACACUCUCACAUCGCGCUGCAGGGCACCUCUCGCCCAGUUCAUUACACCAUUCUUCAUGAUGAUGCUAAGCACAAACCUGAGGUCAUUCAAAACAUGAUCUAUGAGCACUGUUAUCAAUACAUGCGGUCGACUACCUCGGUCUCGCUGCACCCGGCCGUUUAUUACGCCCAUCUGGCGUCUAACCGCGCCAGGACUCAUGAAGAUAUUCCAGCCGGCAUGGGUCCUCAGGGUGGUCCAGGUUUCAAGCAAGGUCCACACCAAACCCACUCCGAACCGGUCAAGCCACUGAUCCCCAUGUUCGCUAAACAUGGUAUUGACCAUACCAUGUGGUAUAUCUAGCAACACCUCUGGUAGCAGACACCUCUGCCGAGGUUGCAAGUUUUCUUUCUCAGUUUCUCUUUCAAUCGCCCCGGCAUGGAGGUUUGUCUCACUGCCUCGCUGCCUUGGCGACAGUGUGAGGUUUUCAGACGUCGACAAGCAGUUGAAGUCUCUGCUCUCACCAAAAGACGAGGCUCUACUCAAUGGGUCAAGUUGUAUUGCAUGAAUUUUUACCGCAAUUGGAAGUACAAUUAUACGAAAAGAAAAAAGGAGAAAAAAAAGGGCCACCGACAAUGCGAAACUCAUCCACGCCUCCAUGGGUGGUUAUGGGCUUCGUGGUCUGUGGACAACCAUCCUACAGCGUGCUUUGACAUCAGCUGGCUGGAUGGUCAACUCAAGUAGUUUAGCUCAAAUAUGACACUCAUUAGCCAA